AUGAGCUUGUGCUCCACUCGCUAUGGGAUAGCCUUUACCAUGCACAUGAGCAACUUCAUAACGGUGGCACAGUGUACUGUCCUAAACAUCACCAUAGUAGCCAUGGUCAACAGCACGGACCAUCGGUUCCAGUUUAAUGACUCUACCGAGGGGCUGCCUGGUGACUCAUUUGGUGACCCGAAUAACGCCCCAGACAGUCUCCCUGCAGGGGUCCCUGUGUACAACUGGAGCCCUCAAAUUCAGGGCAUCAUCUUUAGUUCUCUCAGCUAUGGCCUGAUACCGAUGCCGUUUCUCAGUGGAUACCUUGCUGGAAGAGUAGGAACAAAGAGAGUGGUUGGUGUUUCUUUGUUUGCAACCUCACUUUUCACUAUGUUCGCCCCUCUGGCGGCCGAGCUGGGACUAGUUUCCUUCAUUGCAACUCGAAUUGGACAGAGCAUAGGCCAGGGAUCGGUAUUAGGGGGUCAGCACGCGCUGUGGGAGAAAUGGGGUCCUCCACAUGAACGAAGUCGACUCUGCUCCAUCAGUUUAUCAGGAAUGAUAUUGGGAAGCUUCACCACCAUCCUCCUGGGUGGCAUGAUCUGCCAAAACCUUGGGUGGCCUUUUGCCUUCUAUAUCUUUGGAGGCAUCGGCUGUGUCUACUGCCUUCUCUGGUUUGUUCUGGUUUAUGAUGACCCCAUCUCUCACCCAUGGAUAAACAUCACAGAAAGAAAAUAUAUCAUAUCGUCCUUGGCCAACCAGAUACAUGUAAGGAGUCCAAGCAUCUCCAGAGAGCUGUGUCAGCCUCUGGAUUUCUCGGGGAGCUUGAGGUGCAGAUCUCACUGUUCUAAUCCGUACAUUUGUGUUCAGGUCAGCCCUUGUAAGCAGCCUCUUCCUAUCAAGGCCAUGCUCAGAUCGCUACCACUUUGGUCCAUAUGUGUCUGCGGCUUCGGCCAUCAGUGGCUAAUGAUUACACUGAUGGUCUACACACCAACUUACAUCAACUCUGUGUUCAACAUUAACAUGAGAGAUAAUGGGUUCCUGUCUGCCCUUCCCUUUCUUGUCGCCUGGAUCACUGGUAUACUAGGAGGCCAGCUGGCAGAUUUCCUCCUGACCAAGAAUUUUAGGCUCGUUACUGUGAGAAAAGCUGCCACAUUUCUAGGAAAUUUCCCAUCUUCAGUGCUCCUUGUGGUUCUGCCCUACAUCACCCCCAGCUACAUCACGACAAUGACCUUCUUGAUCCUCUCGUGUGGACUGAGCUCCUUCUGUCACUCAGGGAUCUAUAUCAAUGUCUUAGAUAUUGCUCCAAGACAUUCCAGUUUUCUUACAGGAGCCACAAGGGGAUUCAUAUUCAUAGCAGCAAUCCUGACACCAACUGUCAAUGGAUUUCUCCUCCAUCAGGACCCUGAAUUUGGGUGGAGAAAUGUCUUCUUGUUGUUAUCUGCCAUUAACCUAUCAGGACUGAUCACCUACCUUAUAUUUGGAGAAGCAGUUAUCCAAGACUGGGCUAAAGAGAGGAAACUCACUCGUUUAUGAAGUUAUCCUACCUUGCUAUAAUGGAAAGUUACUGGACACCUUCCUGCACAAAUGAGAAGACUUUGGUAUUAAAAAUAUCAACAGAAAGAAUUUCUUUUGUCUGGUUUUUUUCAAAUCUGAGAUCAGUUCUUUAUGUUAUUAAGCUUUCUUUCUGAGAAAAAUGUAAGAAGAAUGAAAAUUCCAAUAAAGUGACAGC